AUGGGUUCAGAGAAGAACAACUCCAGCGAAAGCGCUGUGAAUAUCAUCUUUAUCGGAGCCGGCGCCGUUGGGUGCUUCUAUGCUUCGCGACUACACCACCCCGACCGAAACAUACACGUCUCACUUGUUGCCAGAUCUAAUUACAAGGCGCUGAAAGAGUCGGGCGUAAAACUUCAAACCCAUACAUUUGGCGACUACAUCUUUCAUCCCCAUGCCGCCUUUCCAUCCGUCGACGCUGCAGCAUCCUCCCAGACGCAGUGGGACUUUGUCUUCGUGACAACUAAGGCGCUUCCAGAUCGCUCCGAUGAUUCUGCCAUGAUCGCGCCUCUUGUAGGGAAGAACACGAGCAUUGUUCUCAUCCAGAACGGCGUCGGGGUCGAGGAACCAUUUCGCCAGCGGUUCCCCAACAAUCCCAUCGUGAGCGCCGUGACGAUUGUCAGUGCCGAGCAGACCUCACCAGGUGUCAUCCGACAAAAUCGAUGGACGAGGGUCAGUAUUGGGCCGCAUACGAACGGCCUCGGCACGGGUGACUCUGAACUUGGACAACGCGGCACAAAGGCGGUCGAGCAGCUCGGCACGUGGUGGGGUCCCGGCUGGGGCGGUAUCCGCGACGUAGAGCCUCACGACGAGAUUGGGCUGCAGACGGUGAGAUGGCACAAACUCUGCAUCAAUGCCGCGUUCAACCCGAGUGCUGUGUUGAGUGGCGGGAGAGGCAACGCAGACAUGGUCACAGAUUCAGAGCUUCGAGAGCAUGUUGUGGGCAUCAUGAAUGAGAUCAGAGCGGCGGUGCCCAAGAUUCUGGGACGAGAGUUUCCCGACGACCUCGCGAAGCCGGAUCGUAUCGUCAAGAGCACGGAGCGGAAUACGGGAGCAAGGCCCAGCAUGUUAUUGGACUGGGAGGCCGGACGCCCGUUGGAGUUGGAAGUGAUUUUGGGCAAUCCGGUGAGGAUUGCUAGAGCCCACGGGGUGGAGAUGCCUCGUUUGCAGACACUAUAUGCCUUGCUGAGCAGUGCGCAGAAGACUCGAGAGGAGAGGGUUACCAAGGGGAAGCUGUAG